UUACAGUAUGCAAUAAAAAAAUACAUGCUGGUGUUCUAUUUUUAAUUAGUCGCAAUGCAGUUAUCUAAAGCCACAGAACAACUGUGCAAGAAUCAAAAAAAGACACAGACGCUUGCUAAUAGGAACUUCUAAUACAUCAUGACGGAUACGGAAAUCGCGUACUGCGGGCGGCGAACGAACCCGAAAGUUGUUCUUCAGUUGUAUUCCGCCAUUGAAAUGAUCAGAAAACAACGGCAGAUAGCGAAUAUACAACGCGUUGUAAGAGUAAUGGAAAAAGACAACAGUUACACUCCAACACAAAUUCUUCAUCAUAUUCAUAACGCUGUCCUGGAUAGACUAGUCAUUGAAACAAUAACAGUUGGUUGCAAAGGUUCAAAACUAGGGGUUGAACAAGAAGGUUAUUGGAUCCCGGAUCCAGAACAGCUUCUUCCUGAACUGGUAUCAGAGAAGAGAGAUUGGUAUUGUUUUCGUUGCCAUGAAGCUGGAACAGUUAUCCCAUGCAGCGGUUGUUCCUUUGUGUACCAUCCUGACUGCUUAACUAUUAUGGAAUCAAAAGACUUAAAUUCAACUUGGAAAUGCCCAUGGUGUAAUACCAGCGAUAAACAAACAACGAAACGUGAAAGAAUUGAAUUAGGUCGGUGUCUGCAUUUUGUUGCCACUCAACAAAAAGAAUUGAUGCCGGAACUUAACCAGAAACCUUCCAAGGAAAUUUGUCCUUUCUAUGAUUACUUCAUUCACACUCACUAUGAUCUCACAAUGCUUCAAAAGGAUUGCCAAAAUUGUGUUUUUUCAUCCGUGGACGAAUUUCAAGCAAAAGUUGAAUUAAUUUCUCACAAUUAUUCCGUCGUAUUUGGGGAAAAUAAUAAACUGACAAAGUUGGCCAAGCAAGUUAUAGAGGAAUGCCAACAUGACCUGGUGGAACUUCGUUUGUGUCAAAACUGUUUCCAUCUUUCUAACACCAAACCUGUCAAAGAAUGGUUCUGCAAACCUUGUCAACCACCCCACCAAGUGGUUUGGGCGAAACAAAAAGGAUUUGAGUUUUGGCCGGCCAAAGUAAUUCGUGUGGAGGAUAACAGGAUUGAUGUUCGAUUCUUCGGGAAGCAACAUCCAAGAGCCUGGGUUGGUGCAGAUGCUGUACGAGCCAUCACUGUCAGUCCUGCUCAACUUAAAGUGAAGAAGAAGCCACAAUGGAAACAAGCCAAUGAUGAAAUGCAGGAAUAUAUCAGACAAUGUGAAUGUGACCUUGGGAAAGAAAAAGCUGCCCAAAUUAUUUUGGUUGAUUCACCGUUUGGUAUCGGGAAAAACAAACCAUUCUUAUCUUCCAUGAUGAAAGUGAAUAAAAAUGGAGAAAAUUGUGGAAACAAAUCUGAGAUGAAUGGUGAAGAUGGGAGAGAUGAUGAUGAGGAUCAUGAUCAUGAUGCUCAUGAUGCUCAUGAUGCUCAUGAUGCUCAUGAUGCUCAUGAUUUUCAUGACUUUCCUGUUUAUAAUGAUGAUGAGAAUGAGGGGCGCCCACAACCUAAGCAAGAUGCUAUGGUGUUGCAAAUCAAUGACAUUGGAGACGAAAUAAAGACAGAUUCCCCUUUGCUUUUAGAAGAUUCAGUAAUAAACAAGCUGUCAGUGAUGGAUGAAACAUUAAAACGAUCGCUAAGCACUUCAAGUGACGAGUCAACACAGUCUAAGAAAUUAAAAGUUGAUUCUUCACAAGACGUUGCAAUGCAGCCGACGCCUAAGUUGAAAUAUAGAGAUGUCAAGAUUCAAGUCAAUUAUGAGGAGUUAUGUGGUAAAGCAUGCAGCUGCAAGUUUAGGUAUGGUGCUAUAUUGGAGAAAUUUAAAGACUAUCUUGUAGAGAGCAACCAUCUGCAACAAGCAAAGCUUAUGCGAUCUGUCAGCAUUAAGGCGUCUUUUGCUCAGCAAGAUGCUGAACUUAACUUAAAGAAUGAGCUUGAAGCUCAAUAUAACGAACAAUAUAAAAAACUCAAAGAAGAAUAUGAGAAAAAAAUAAUGGAAGCAAAAAAGUUGCAAUGGUGCGCUUUAUGUGGUGAAAAAGCUGACGUAUUCUGCUGUCGGAACACAAACUACUGCUCGACUGCGUGUAUGGAUAAGCAUAGAACAGAACAUUCAGCACUUUGUAUAUCAACUAAGGAUGGAAGCUAGAUACAUUAUCUCUUGUGUGUUUAUGUAUUUACUUAUCUACUACCAUUAUGUAACUACAAUCAUGAAGUGGUGUUUCAUUUUUUAAAGACUGUAAAACAAUCAUGCAUUUUCCAAUUUUUAAUCAAAUAAAUUUUAAACUAAUUUGUUGUUGUUUUUUUUUAUUUCGUUAUAACACUGAUUUUUCUUUAUUAUACACCUCUUACCCGCUUGUAAGUUACCACGCAUGUAAAUUUGUUUAAAUGUGCAAAAAAAAUUGCAGCAAACAACAGAUUUAUUCAAAGUAACUUGAAAUACAAAUAGUUUUCACUUGAA